UAAAGUACUUAAACCUGCUUUGUAAUGUAAAAGACCUGAAAAUCCUACUUUUUACAAUAUGGGAGCUUUAACUCUUGGUGGUGGUAAAUGACAGGUAGCUAAGUUAGCCUAGCUAGGCUAAUACUUUACGCCAUGUAGGAUUUACAAAACAAACUUGUACAAAGUAGGAGGAGACAGAUAAGUGAAUCAUCACACAGGAGCUUUCCCAGAAUGGUGAGGUGAACAGUGGCCGAUGACAUCCUUGUACUGUGUACAUCUCUCCACUAGAGAGAGCAAGGCUCACAUAUGGUAUCACAGGGCUCGAUAUACUCCCAGCACAGGGGGAGGGCCUUGUCUGCUUUCAAUCAAUAACCUCUGGAAUUCAGAAAUACAAGUAGGUCCUGUCUCUGGCACGCUGUACCACACUCUUGAGGGCGGGCUCCCAGGCACACUCAACGGAUUCUCUAUCUGCUCUUGGCACUCUCUGUCUCUUUCCGCAGGUCUGACUGUGUUCUGAGCCUGUGACAAUGGCCGAUCACCCUUCUCCAGACUAUUUCAGCUGCUCCCUGUGUGUGAACCUGCUGAGGGACCCCGUGGCUAUCCCUUGUGGACACAGUUUCUGUAUGGACUGCAUCAGCGGCUACUGGAAUGAGGCUGACUACACAGGGAUCUACAUUUGUCCACAGUGUAAAAUCACGUUCACCCAGAGGCCGGUGCUGCGGCCCAACGCCACCCUGAGCAUGGUGGCUGAGAAGAUCAAGAAGAGCGGCCUGAACCUGAACCUGAAUCUCAACGCAUCCCAGGGGAACCUCUACGCAGGGCCAAGCGACGUCCCCUGCGACUUCUGCUCUGGGAAGAAACUAAAGGCUGUGAAGUCCUGUCUCGGCUGUCUGGCGUCCUACUGCGAGAAGCACCUGAAGCCACACUAUGAAUCAGCCACAUUCAAGAGGCACAAGCUGGUUGACGAGCUGGGGAACCUGGACAGGAAGAUCUGCCCACAGCACCAGAAGUCCCUGGAGCUCUUCUGUCGAACAGAUCAGAUGUGUAUCUGUGCUAUCUGCACAGUCAGUGAACACAGGGGCCAUGACAUUGUCUCUGCUGAGGCAGAGAGGGGGGAGAAACAGAAACUCUUGGGAGUCUCCCAAGCUGAGAUUAGACAAAAAUGCCAGGAGAGGGUGAAGGAGCUGGACGAGCUGAAGACUGCUGUGGAUUCACUGAAGAACCAGGCCCAGAGAGCCAUGGUGGAGAGCCAGAAGAUGUUUGAGGACAUGAUCCGCUCCAUUGAGAGGAUGAGGUCAGAGGUCAGCAAGCUGAUCGGUAUCAACGAGAAGGCAGCUUUCAACCAGGCCGAGGCUUUGAUCGAGCGGCUGGAACAAGAGAUCGAUGAACUGAAGAAAAAGGAGUCCGGCCUCAAGCAGCUGCACAGCACUGAGGACCACAUCCACUUUUUGCAGAACUUCAACUACCUGUGCACCCCCACCGAUGACGGCUUCAUACCCAGAGUGACGGUGAACCCCGACUUCUCCUUCGGGGCUGUCAGGAAAGCCGUGGCUGAGAUCAAGGACCGCCUGGAGGAGUUUGGCAGAGAGGAGCUGCUUAAGAUCUCCAAGUCAGUGAGCGAGGUCCCGGUGUACACUACAGAGAGUCGAACAUUGGACAGAAGGAGCAGAGGCAAAGAAGUGGUGGACAACACUCCUUUUCCAGAGCCAAAGGGCAGGGCAGAUUUUGUGAAACUCUUCUGCCAGCUGAAAAUGGACCCUAGCACAGCCUACAAGGAGCUGUACGUCUCAGAACACAACAGGAAAGUGAUCCGCACCAGAGACCUGCAGCCCUACGGAGACAACCCGGAGAGGUUCGACAGCUUCGCCCAGGUGCUGUGCCGGGAGGCCCUGUCCGGAGGCCGCUACUACUGGGAGAUCGAGUGGAGCGGGGAGUUCUCCAUCGGAGUGGCCUACAGGAGCAUCAGCCGGAAGGGCAAAGGCUCGCUGUGUCUGCUGGGCUAUAACGACAAGUCCUGGAGCCUGCUCUGCUCCGACACGGGUUACUCUGCCUGGCACAACCGGGUGGACACGCCCGUCAGCGGCCCCCACUCCCCCAGGAUAGGCGUGUACCUGGACCACACUGCGGGCGUGCUGGCGUUUUACAGCAUAGGCAACACCAUGAGCCUCCUGCACAGGUUUGAGACCUCGUUCGUUGAGCCCCUCUAUCCGGGCUUCGGAGUCGGAACCUCAGUCAAGAUCUGCAAUGUGAAGUGAGCACCGAUGUUUGAGCUCUCAUUUGAUAAAUCUUUCUCAUAAUAUACAGCAAUGCUUUUGGAAUAUAUAUAUAUAUUUUUGCAAAAUGUUUAAAACUGUACCAAACAAACCACAUUAACGAAGUUGUAUUUCUCAUUUUUCUAAAGAGAAAUGUUUUUUUUUUAACGCUACACCUCACAUAUAUUACGUUUUGCAUUGUGCUGUAAACUCACAUUUUCACUAUAAGACAUUAUUGAAAUACAUAAUUACUACAUAAUCACACCAGAACAAUAUAAAGUGUUAUCACUUUUAGCAUCUGAUUAGAACUGCUGGAUAAUAUUAUAACAUGUUGGUAUCACAUUUACUUCAUAAAGGGUGCGACAUAUCUCAAGUGAUGAUGUCAUUAUAAGCCAUAAUGGAUGUACCCUGAGAUAAGGUCCAUUUGCUUAUGAUAGGUCAUUACAUUGUUGGCCAAUAUUAUGGCGUAAUUCAUUUAAAAUAUAUUGCACCCUUGUGAUCGGUAUAAGUAAUACAAUAACAUUCAUGUUGGUGCAUAUUCAGACAAAUAUUUCAUUGUCUGUCAUUUCAUUUUGUCAUGUUUUGAUAUUACCUGAUAGCUAUAUCAAUUGCUGAAAGUCCUCACAGUUUUUUUUUUCACUUGAACUAACCCUUAUUUAAUUUGUAUGUAUGUUUACUUAUAUAAUGGACAACAAGAGUAUAGAUAUCAAGAAAAGACUUGUUUUGUAACAAAAUGAUUCAUUGAUAGUUCUAAAUAAAGAGCUAAAUGAAUGGAUUUUUGUGUUUUUGAGAUUAUUUAUCUAUUCCUAAAUAAAAAUAUAAAAACCA